GUUGAUUCCGCGUUGGGUCAUAACUCUUCAACUAAACCUUAAUAAGUUUUUAUACACAGACGAAGGUCGAAGGGCUGAUAAAAAGACAGAAAACUCGCACGAUUUCGAUAUUAUUCGUUCUUUCAUAUCCAUCAACCCAUUUCAGUUAAAUUUGUCGUGUGUUUCACCGAGUGGUUUUACCUAGCUUCUUCUCGAAUCAAACCAACAAUAUAUCUAUGCCGAUAUGGCUACGACAAUAUGAUGUUAUUUUGCAGCGACAACCCAGGCAAAAUUAUCCAUAUAUUUUUCUAGGCAUGGCUUCGGAAGACAAAACGACAGUUGGCGUUGCUUUCUCAGGUGGAGGUAUCAGGUCUGCUGCCCUUUGUUCCGGAGUCUUACGUCGUUUACUUGAAAAAUCUGUCAAUAUUGAUUAUCUGAGUUGUGUUUCUGGCGGAGGGUUUUGUGGCGCCUCUUAUUUGGAUUGGAAAUUUCGUCAUGACGGCAUUGAUGACCCCAAAUGGCAUGAACAAUUCUUUAAAAAUAUGAGAAAACGUUGUGGAAUAGUAUGUGACUGGACAAAUCCAUUCCGAGGAAUUUUGGAUACAGUGGUUUUAAUAUCGCUCUUGUUUUUCGUAGUCGCUGUAGUUCCAGUAUUGAAUGUUGCUGCUCCAUGUUUACCCAUUGCGUUUGUGGUUGAUUUUUUAGUCGGUGAGAUCCUUAGGCAAGGUUUUAUCUGUCCCGAUUCAGAAACGAAAUUGUUUAACUCUUCUAAAACAUUCGAGAGGAAUCCAGGUUUAAAUGAAACUGUAAUAAAAAUUUCCAACAUGUCAGGUAGUAACGAAUGUGUCCCGUUCGUAAACGAGGGGAUGUACUUCACUUAUAUUUUGUUCACCGUUCUUCUACUUGCAACAGCUUUCUUCUAUAUCUUCACGACCAUGCUUGAUCCCAAUGGAUUUUUGUACAGUAAAGUGAAGUUUAUAUUCUUUGCUUUUUUAAUCUCGUUUGCAUUUACUUUCACACCAUGGUUGAUAGAAGAGUAUAUUUCUGUGAUACCACGAUCGGUUAGUAUUGGUUUACUGGUGUUUGCCAUUCUUCUCUGGGUAUGUAUACCAUAUAUGAGAGACAAAAUAUUCUGGGCAAUACUAAUUUACGUCUACAGUUACGUCAUCAAAUGGAGAGUGUAUAAGACUAAUAUAGUUGGAAUUGAAUAUCACGAACAUUCAUUUAAUGUCAUGCUGUGGCUAAGUGCUAUUUUGUUGUGGAUCACACCUUAUGUAUACGCCAUACAGCGUGUUUCAGUGCAGACGUUUUCCAGGUGGAAAUUUCAGCGAGCUUUCUUCGAGUCAAACAACAUUGGGGCAUUUGGAUGUGCUGGCAUCUCGUUAACCGAUUGUUUCCCAAGUUUCGACUGCUGUACUAGUUCUUCACAUCAUUUGCAAAACAGAGCUUUGUACAUGGGCGACUUAAAAGAAGUGAAUCCAGCAUAUAUCUGUAAUUUGCUGGUUGGCAACUGGGUGAAAGAUCCUCUCAAAGAAGAGCAUGAAAGUUAUUCCCUGCUGUCAGUAACACCAAACACCAUUGAGAGAAUCGAUUCUAAACCUGGUGAAGAUCUAUUCUAUGGCAGACUCCAUCCAGAGGAUCUUAAAGUUUCUGACAUGAUGGCAUCAUCUGCAGCUGUAUUGUCGGGAAACAUGGGACUGUAUCAAAUAAACAUGGACACUAUUCGUGAUAUUCAGAUGAUUCUUGGAAUUAACAUGGGAAGAUCAUUGGUUGCCCAAUCAGUGAAAAGAGGGAAUACGUCUCUAAGUGUAACAUAUUUUUUGUCCCAUUACAUUUUACCACUUGUAAUCCAAAGUGUUAUUGUAGCCCCAGUUAUUCUUCUACCAAUCAUCGAGAAGAUGGGUUAUGAUGAAAUGUACGAACACAUUCUGGUAGCUUUGAUUUUGUUUACAGUUUCGUGUCUAUUUUUAAUCGCACUGGCCCCAACUGGAGGGGAAAAUUCUGGCGUAGUUGAAAAAAUCAUCAGAUGGUGCAUACUAAAUAUUCAACAAAUUCGUCUGAUUCGAGAAAUUAGCGGAGUUGUGAACUAUGGACCUGUCCCUCCCACAAUCCUUAGUCUUAGUGACGGGGGACAUGUGGAGAACUUGGGAAUAUUACCGCUGCUCAAGAGAAGAUGCAAAAGAAUACUAGUGGUCAAUGGGGGAUAUUCCUCCUCAGAUACAGCCAUUGCAAAUGAUUUAAUAAUUGCUUUGAAUCUCGCACGAAAAUGGCUACGUUGUUCUUUCUCUGGCAAGAAUGGUCGAGACGUCAUUGAAGAUAUAAAAGACCACUACGUCUUAAAGGCCCCAGGCAUACAACCUCGCACCUACAGUUUUAAAGUUGAAUACUUUACAAGGCCGUAUGGUUAUGUAGAUGACGUUAAAAUAGGAGAAGGUGAAAUUCAAAUUCUAUCACCACGUCAUCCUUUUAAAGGAACUCCCAAUCAGUACAUAUCCUCAUGGGAAGAAUACAAUAAUGAUACUAAUCAACAUCUAGACCCCGAGAUGUGGGGAUCUGGACCCGACCUAAGUGCAGAUGAAACUGACAGAUUGACAUUUGGUUGCUGUGAAUGCUGUCAUGAUUUGUCAUGUCGAAGAUGUUCCGCUGUGUGCUUUGGUACAUUUCCAUUUCAUUUUACAAGCCAUCAAUUUUUCACACCUGAAAUGUUCAGUGUAUAUCAUAGAGAAGGGUACAAGGCAAGUCUUGAUGGCACCGUUGAAUGUUUCCUGGAUCCAAACAUAAGAUGGCCAAGAGACAAUACGAUACUAAUACAAAGACUUAAUGAAUUUGAAUGUAAGGAUAGUAGCUUUUCUACGAGUGAUAUAGAUUAACUGGGACUAACAAAUUUAGCAACCUUUUAUUCAGGUUCUAGCUGUAAAGGCUAAAUCGAACUUUUGGUUUAAUUGCUGCCGAAAGAGAACAGUUGUGCAUUGGGAAUUUAACCCAGUAACCGUGUGUACAGUCAGAUUCCAUUAAGUUUGUUUUAGAAUUUUCUGCAUGCGUUUAAGAGCGUCUAUGCCGCAAGGUGAAAAUGCAUGUCAAGACUUUUGACCUGAUUUCAUGUACGGAUAAUAUUGUAUAGAUAAAGAAGAUAAAGGCUAUGCAUGACCUUAGCUUUCAAUAAAGAAAAUUUCGUUCGCGAAAACGUUUUUUGAAUGGAAAACCAGCCAUGAAACGCAGUUUCAGAAAACGGACACUGUUCGGAUUACUAUAGGAAACCAGAGAACCUGGAGAGAAACCCUCACCGGAAACCAGAGUCAAACAAAGUACACAAGGUUAACACAAUCUUAUGUAUUACAGAGCGUGUCUUAUGUGUUACAAGAGUGGGUAAUUUCUGCUAUGGAACUCGUCGAAAAACUACAAUUCUAACAAAUCACAGGCAGUGUUCCUGGGAGUUUUGUAUUGCUAGACUGUACAACUAGUUCAAAACUUCAAGGAUUACUUGAAAUGUUUUAAAGCAUCGGCGUGAAUAUAGCCAAUAAAACCAGCUGACCUUAGAGAAGCACC